GAAUUCACGCGAUUUCAGUCAGUAGAGCAACGCGAGCCGCCUGAGCUAUGUCGUGAGGGUUUGACAGUUUAGUCAGUCAGUCAGUCAGUCAAACGCCGGACAGGUACCUACCAGCAGCAGUCAGGUCGAAUUCAGUUACUUGUUUUAUUUUGUGUGUUGAUGACAAGUGGUUGGUCGAUCGUUUUUUUGUUUUCCGAUUUUGAAGUGAAGAUUUAAAGGCGAAAAUUAGUGAUCAUGUCUGUUCUACCGGGGAAUGUGAUCGAAGCUAUUAAGGAGCACGUUUCGGCUAAAGGGAUGAAGGAUCCCAAGUUUGAUAUCUCUAGUGGUUCCCGGAAUGGGGACAGUUAUUCCGGAGAUGUGUACCGGAUUGUUGUUUCGCCGAAUGAAAAAGAUGUUGAGGAUUGCCGCAAUAACAACGGCGAUGGCGCCAUCACCGAGCUUCCAAAGGUCAUUAGCGUUAUCGCCAAGGUAGCUCCAACGAGCCAGCUCCGAAGAAGUUUGUACAACAGCUCGGCUCACUUCCAGCGGGAAAAGUACAUCUUCGAUAUCGUGUUGCCAACGUUUGAAAAAUUCCAGGAAACCAGAGGCCUCAAACCAUCGCGAAUGUUCAAUCACUACCCGACGGUGAUCGCUUCCGACUGCAGCGAAGGGCGAGAGUUCGUUUUGCUCGGAGACCUAUCGGCGCAAGGUUUCCGCAAUUUUCAGCGAACGGAACCGCUGGAUUACGAGAGUGUGUCGCAAAUUUUAGUUUUUCUAGCCCGAUUUCACGCCGUUUCCUUUGCCAUGAAGGACCAGGCGCCGGAAAUAUUCGAAAAGAUAAUCGAUCAGCUGAGGGAGACUAUCUUUGUGGCACCGUUGCACAGUUCGUUCGAGGGUUUUCUCAAACGACAGGUCGACUAUGCGAUGAAAACGUUGGAGCACUGUCCGGCCAAGGGCGAUGCCGAGGUGAGCAAGCGGUUGUUCCAGUUUCGGGACGAGUACGGACCGUCGAUGGUGGAGUGUGUGGAUAAUCGUGCGGAUGUGGUGAUUUGCCAUGGGGAUUGCUGGAUCAGCAACAUUCUGUUCAGGCAGAGGAACAUCCAAAACCCAAAAGAGCUCAGGUUCCUGGACUGGCAGGUAUCUCGCUGCGGCACACCGGUAAUCGAUUUGUCCUACUUCCUGUUCUGCUGCACCGACACCGAAUUGCGAACCCGGCUGCCCGAGCUACUCCGAAAGUAUCACACCGCUCUAGUCGAGCGAAUCGACGAACUAGGAUGCGAUGGCCAGAAGCUGUUCCCGUUUGAGACACUACAACAGCAUUUGAAAAAAUUCGCCCGAUUUGGAUUUGGAAUGGCUCUGAUGACCCUACACACCACUUGCUGCGUGGAGAAGGACCUGCCGGACAUAUCGGCCGCUCUCGAGAGUUCCGAACUGGUAGAUCUGGACAAGUACGCCAAAGAUUUGCUGUACAAUCCGGCCUACAUCAAACGGAUGACCGGCGUCUGUCGAGAUAUGGUUAAGCUAGGCUACCUGUAGGCGAUACCCGUUCAUACCAAAAUUCUGCAACAAAAGUGUUUGAGUUUUCAUUUUUUUUCGUUAAGAUUUAACUGUAAGAUGCGUUCAAAAAAAAUAAACCGAUAGGGUCUAACCGUACUUAGAUUAUAUCGAUUGUUAAGGCAAACCACUUGAAAGCAGUAUUUUUAACCGGUAAAACUUUAUUAUUUUAACAUUUAAUUGAUUGAUUCUAGGGAAAAUAAGCAAAACAUUUAAAAAUUUCCUAAGAGAGCGAAGCUCUCGGUGAGAAAGGAAAACUUGACGCAGGGAUUACAACUAGUGUCUAAGACAGAACCAAACGUUGAAAACGGAAAAUUACGAAUCGUAAUCGGCUUUAAUCAUCACAUUUUAGUGAUUGGAUUGUACAAUUGGUAAUAAGUAGGAGUGCGGAUAUUUCAAAGCAAAAAAAACAUAAACAGUAAAGCACCACCUUUACGAAGCACUUGGAUACUCAAUUUCCGUGUAUUGGUACGAAGAUAUUUUGAACUUUCUUAUUAGGUUUUAAGCAGACGCAACCAACGUCCAAGGUACGUGCCGUGACACACACUGUUUGCUUCGUACCAGCGUUGGCGUCCUUUAGAUGGUAGAAAAGUAUCGUGAAAUAAAUAUGACUGCCGGAAUAAAAAUAAAUUUAGGUACAUAACAAGUAUCUUUUAAUGAAAUAAGUAAUCUUUGAGAUGGCCGUAAUAUUUGAUCAGACUCGCGGCAUUUAAAGGGGCGAUCACUAAAUUAUUGCAACGAUGUUUUAGUGGAUGAACAACUUAUCGAAAUUCUAUAUUUAUUUCUUGAAAGAAAUAAAUUCAAUUUUCAAUCCAAUACAUUUUUCACACACACAAAUGACGUAUUGUUCUCAAUGACACACAAUGUUUUUUUUCGCUAGAAACUGGCGAAAAAGUAUUCACUCGAAACGGUAAAGCGUACAGCAACGAUGCCUUCUAGAAUUUUUUUAUGAUUGUCCAACACCUUCAUAUUGAUGAUAUAGUUAUAGUGAUUAAUCCACCUUGAAGUGAGAUAUUUGUUACAUUUUUGAAAAACAAGACGAAGUCUACAGAAAUGUUAAAGAACCUGUUUUUGCAAAUAACUGUAGGUACUGAAGGCCAAAAAUCUCUAUUUAUAGUACAUUCGAUGAUGUUGAUCGUUGUUUGUGAAUGAUCCCUUAAGAAACAGGGUUUAACAUAACAAUAUCGUAAAUAAAGCUUCAACAUAUUCCAGAAA